CGACGAGGGGGGAGGGGGGAGACAAUUAUAUACAAAGGGGGCCACGCCGGACCGCCCGGCAUCUGUUCGCUGCUUUCUCCCCAUAAUCACCAGCCACUUGUACCGACACUACUGUCCGUCCGUCCGUCCGUCCUCUUUACGUUCAACCAAGCAACAACGCCGUUUAUUACUAGCCAUGGUGGGAGUUCCAGGGAAGUACAAGGGCUGCGAGACCUGUCGACUCCGUCGAGUAAAAUGCGACAACCAGCGGCCCUUCUGCAGGAAAUGCAUCGACGGAGGGCGGGAAUGCGCGGGCUACGAGCGCGAGACCGUCUUCAUCAUCGGCACCAUCGAGGACCAGGGCCGCUGCUCGUCGCACCCGCCGCGCGUGGUGAAGCCGAGAAGGGGCGGGAAGGCGGCAUCAUCAUCACCGAAAGCGGCCGCCGGCAGUAGCAGCAGCAGCAGCAGCGAGGAUGAGAAAUUCGAGCUCAAGCCCCGGGAACCGCUCCGCCCGGCCUGGGACGAUCUGAUCCCGGUCGUGUCAUCCCGCGGGAAGAGUUAUCGGCUGCAGAUCGCCGCGCUCCAUACCAACAACCUGCAGGCGGUCAUGAGGGCCGGUGCGGAUGACGAAGCUGGCGGUGGUGGUGGGGGCAAGCCUGUCUUCGUUUCGUUGCCGCCGUACGAGCCACAGAAUGUCCAGCCGGGUUUGGGCCAGGGCGAGGGCGAGUUCCGGCUGUCUUCGCAGUGCUUGGUGCACCUGGCCACGCCGGACGAGGAACAGGGAGUGGGCACGGGAUCCGCCACGGAGAGCAUCUGCUUGUUUCUGUACGAGACCAACAACUCGUCCUACUUCAGCAACCAACCGCACUGGAAAGACCCCUCCGGCCACACCGACACCGUCAGGCGCAUGGGACCUGAGAACUUCCGGUCCUUCCCCAACCACCACAUUUUUGUGCGCGUCUACCGCCCCAGCGCUAUCUUCGCAGCCCUGCUCCACCGCACGCCAACCUUCCUCGCCGAGCCGCAAUGGCUGACGACGCCGUUCGAGUUCCACGGCAAAUCGGCGCUCGACCGUCUGCUCGACACGCUCGCGCUGUUGCCGUCCCUCCUCGCCCGCGCCGACCGCAUCCUCGCGCACGAACCCGGCGCCCUUCUUGCUCGACGGCUGAUGGCGCAGGAUCUGCUGCUUAACUGUCUUGAUGUGGAGGCUGAGUUGGGGAGGUGGUGGGGGGGUGUUCAGGGGCAGGGGCGGGGAGCCUCCUCCUCCUCCUCCUUGUUAUCAGCAGCAGCAGCACCCUCGCCGUCAUCAAUAACAACAACAACAUCAUCGACGACGGCGACGACGACAACAAUAUUUCCCUUUCCGGAGAAUAAUAAUAACACCCGCCUCAUCACCCUCGCACUAACAUACUACUACGCCUCCCUGGUCUUACUCCACCCUACCAUCUGGCGGCUGUAUUUCGCUGCCGUCCUCGACCCGCUCCAAGAAGACCCCCACCAUCACCACCACCAUUCCUCACCCUUGCCCAUCCCACCGAGGCUACAGACGCUCGAUCCGAUGCGCUACUCCCCACACAGGACACGCGAGUGUGCGGCACAUGUGUGUCGCGGGCUGGCACAUCUUUUGUUGUUGUUGGAUGAGCCUGAUGAUGGUGGUAAUGAUUUUAAUGGUGGUGGUGGUGGUGCUGGUGAUGGUUCCGGGGCUGUGGUGCAGCCGGAUCUGCUGUGGCACCCUCUUUUUGUCGUCAGGCGCUUCUAUGAAGAGGAGGAGAUGGCCGUCGCUGGCUAUGGUAGUGGUGGCGCUGGUGGGAAUACCGGCAUUGUGAUGCAGAUGGGUACUACUAGUAUGGGAAGCAUGCAUAUGGGUGUGGAUGUGGAUAUGAGUGUUGUGGGCAUGGAUAUGGAUAUGGGUAUGAGUGCUCACGGGCGGGGCGGGGCGCCCAUGGUGGCCGGCGACGGCAGGCUUGAAUUGAUGUGGUGUGACGGUUUCCGGGAAAGGUUGCUGGCGAGAGCCGGCGAGAUACGGGAGGUUGUGCAGGCGAGGACGUGGGUUGAAUUGGCUUGUUUUUUAAAAAAGAACUCACAGGAUAUGUGAGGCAUGCAUGUACAGUACCGGGAUCAAUAUGGUUCUUUCUACCAGCAGGUCUGGGGUUUUUUUUAUUAGUACUGUUUGUUUCCUUCUAUUCUGUUUAGACCAUCAUCGGAUGACCGCCUGACGGGGCAAGUCUCUGUGAAACAUACAAUACAUAGAUGGUGAAGACAAGAUAGAGUCGGUGCUCAAACCCGCCCGCAAC